AUGACAGUCGUAAACAGUACUGAGAUGGUGCCAAUAGUGGCUUCUGCACCUGGAAAGAUUAUUAUCUUUGGUGAGCACUCUGCAGUGUACGGUAAGCCUGCAAUGGCGGCUUCGGUAUCUUCGUUAAGGUCUUACUUAUAUGUUAAAAAGACUGAGGAUGAAAGCGUUGUAGAAAUGGCGUUUCCUGAUAUAAACUCUAAUUAUUCGUGGCCUCAUAAGGAUUUGGAGGAGAUUGAUAGACAGCAGUUAACUCUGGCACAGGAGAGUAAUGAUGUUAAUAACUAUGUGAUGGAAUUUGUACGCUCCCAAGUGUCAGGAAAGGGCAGCGACUUAGAGCAGCAAGCAGCGGUGUGCUUCUUGUAUCUUUAUAUGUGUCUUUGUCCAAAUCUGAAGGGCGUUAGAUUUAUUUUGAAGUCCACGUUACCGAUUGGCGCCGGAUUAGGAUCUAGCGCGUCAAUUGCUGUGUGUCUGGCACUAGCUAUGGCCAAAUUAGGUGGCCACCUUGAUGCUGAAUCUAAGGAGCUCUCUUCAAGUGACUUGGAGUUUGUGAAUAAGUGGUCAUUUAUUGCAGAGAAGUGUAACCACGGGACGCCCUCUGGAAUUGACAAUGCGGUGGCCACAUACGGCAAUGCAGUUGUGUUCAGAAGACAGGAAGAUGGUUCCACCACGUUUGAGCCAAUAAAGGAGUUUCCACAAGUGCCCAUGGUGCUUACAAAUACGAAGAUUCCAAAGUCAACUAAGGUUUUGGUUGCAAAUGUGCGCAAGUUGUUUGAGCGGGAACCAGUCAUCACGAGCACUAUUUUGGAAGCUAUGAGCGCGGUUGCAACUAAAGCCAAGGAGUUACUUCCUGCAAUUAGUUCAGACCCCAAGAGAUAUACAGAAAUGCUGGAGCUAGUCAGAAUCAACCACGGGUUGCUAGUGUCUUUAGGUGUUUCACAUCCUGGCUUGGAGGUAAUCAAGAGCUUAAGCGAUUCUACAGGCAUUGGCUCCACCAAACUUACUGGUGCAGGAGGUGGAGGAUGUGCUUUCACUCUUUUGAAGACAGGUACCACUGAUGAAGCUGUAACUUCCUUCAUUGAAACACUUUCGAAGAAUCAUGGCUACGAGUCCUUUACGACGGAGCUAGGGGGCUUAGGUUGUUGCUUCGUUGCUCCCGACAGUUUGGCUGCCCACGCUUCAGAGAUAGCUAAGCUAUUUGAAGAGGAAUCUACUAUUGAAGAACUAAAUAAUGCUUUACUGCCAGGAAGCUCUGCAUUGAAUUGGGUGGUAUCGUAA